GGAGAGACAUCCUUGAGAGGCCUGCCUUGUUCCACUUGUCAAGGACAGCUGACUAUACAACAGAGUGAAUCAUAGUAGUCUCUCAGGCUUUUAACAUUAACAUCCUCUGCCGUCUCACUGAUCACAGCUUAGCGUGGACUCAGUCAUGUUUCGAAAUGCAUUUUUCUUCUGUUCCAUCAAAUUGGACUGGGAUAUAUUCAGGUCAAGAGUAGCUCAUAUGGAUGUGAUGAUCCGAAGAUGCCCUUUCCUCACCGUUAUGCCAAGUGCUUUCCUACAGAUGGCGGGGAAGUCAUCACUUGCAAGCUAUGCCCUUAAAUGCCCUGUGAUGAUGGACCUGGCUUCCAGACCACUGGCCAGAGCACUGUCCUUCACAGGAUCUGUGUCUAAAGGAACAAAUGACGGUCAGUUUACAGAUUCGAAGCAUAAAUCCAAAUUGGACUCUAAUGACCAGGAUUUGGGCUCCAAAUGUCCUUUCCUGGCUGCAGAGAUGGUGCAGAAAAGUAACAAGGUAAUUAGGGAGGCCAGCAGGGAGCUACAGGAGGAUGUGCAAGACAUGCACUUUUUCCACAAAGGUAAAACUGAUGUAAAUUCAUCAGUGGGGCAUCCUAUCAAAGCUGACAAGACAAGGACACAAACAGAUCAUUUUAAAGCCAGAUCUGCCAAAGCGUCUCACCUACUCAAGGAUCAUUUUUCUGAAGGCAUCACCUUUGACUAUGACAAGUUUUUUGAAAAGAAGAUUGAAAGCAAAAAAAGAGACUACACAUAUAGGAUUUUUAAGACAGUUAACAGGCGUGCUUCCUCCUUCCCAAUGGCGGAUGACUACUCCGAGUCCUUAGAUCUGAAGAGAGAGGUGUCUGUGUGGUGUAGCAAUGACUACCUAGGCAUGAGCCGCCACCCAAAAGUCACCCAGGCCAUCAUAGAUACUUUAAAAAAGCAUGGUUCUGGCGCAGGAGGCACAAGGAACAUUUCAGGGACAAGCAAAUUUCAUGUGGAACUGGAGUAUGAACUGGCUGACCUGCACGGCAAGGACGCUGCACUACUCUUCACUUCCUGCUUUGUAGCUAAUGACUCUACAUUGUUUACCCUGGCAAAAAUGCUACCAGGUUGCGAAAUCUACUCUGAUGCUGGUAACCAUGCCUCGAUGAUCCAGGGAAUUCGAAACAGUGGGGUCAAGAAGUUUGUCUUUCGUCAUAAUGAUGUCAAACACUUACAAGAGCUGCUUGAGAAAUCUGACCCCUCCACUCCAAAAAUUGUUGCGUUUGAGACAGUGCACUCAAUGGACGGUGCUGUUUGCCCUCUAGAGGAGAUGUGUGACGUUGCACACAAGUAUGGGGCUAUUACAUUUGUGGAUGAGGUGCAUGCCGUGGGCUUAUAUGGACCCAGAGGAGGAGGGAUUGGGGACAGAGACAGAGUCAUGCACAAGAUGGACAUCAUCUCUGGUACUCUUGGCAAAGCAUUUGGCUGUGUGGGUGGCUACAUCGCAAGCACCAGCACCCUGGUGGACACAGUGCGCUCUUACGCUGCAGGUUUCAUCUUUACCACUUCACUGCCACCCAUGCUGUUGGCAGGAGCAAAGGAGUCCAUUAAGAUCCUGAAAAGAGAGGAGGGCCAGGUGCUCAGGAGGAAACAUCAGAGGAGCGUAAAGUUGCUUCGCCAGAUACUGAUGAAUUCAGGCCUCCCGGUGGUCCACUGCCCAAGCCACAUCAUCCCUGUUAGAGUGGCAGACGCUGAGAAGAACACAGAGAUCUGCGAUAUAAUGAUGUCCCGUUACAACAUCUACGUCCAGGCGAUCAACUACCCCACUGUAGCUAAAGGAGAGGAGCUGCUGCGCAUCGCCCCCACUCCACACCACACCCCACAGAUGAUGGAAUACUUUGUUGACCGGCUGGUGGAAACAUGGAAACAGGUGGGUUUGGACUUGAGGCCGCACUCGUCAGUAGAGUGUAACUUCUGCCAGCAGCCUCUUCACUUCGAGGUGAUGAGCGAGAGAGAGAAGUCGUACUUCACAGGUCUCAGUCACAUGAUUUCAACAGGGUCCUGACGUCCAUGCAAUACUGAACUUCAAUCAUAAACAAGCUAUUUAUUGUAUUUAUCAUAUCUCUGGAUGUAAAAUAUCACAUAGCUCUAAUAAAGAUGGGUGGAAAUUUGAUAUACUC